GACUGAGGCGGUUAUACUUGGAGAGAUUGAGAUUCCAUCCCUGCGGAUUGUUGUAGAGGCUGAAAUUGAUGAUGAUGAGUGGAUCAGAACACGCAUGGAGCAAUUAAGUUUGAUUGAUGAGAAGCGAUUGACAUCAGUAUGCCAUGGACAAUUGUACCAGAAAAGAAUGGCACGAGCAUACAAUAAAAAGAUGCGUCUCAGACGUUUCGAAAAAGGUCAAUUAGUGUUAAGACGUAUACUGCCACACCAGGCCGAAGUCAAAGGCAAAUUUUCUCUAGAUUGGAAAGGACCAUUCAUUGUAAAGAAGGUAUUAUCCAAUGGUGCUCUUUACUUAGCAGAUAUAGAAGGCAAAAUGACAGAAAUGGUCAUCAACGCUGAUGCUGUGAAAAGAUAUUAUAUAUGA